GCCUAUUCCUUUUCACCUCGUGUCCUUCGCAGCUUCUGCUUCACUCUUUAUCCCGGUCAUGGUUGCAUACUGCAUCUCCAUGUUUGGCCCAGUCGAAAAUGAACCGUACUGUACGAUUGGCACGGGAAGCUGGCGGUGGUCAAACACGAUAUAAAGGACGUCCUUUAAGAGGGCAAAAUUCGCCUGAAGGCAGUACCUCGCGAGCCCCCAGAGGAUCUCGCACUCCACCUUCUUCCUCUCGCUUUCCACGCAAAUCCGAUUCCUCUAGGUCGGACCGCAGGCCAGAAUCCCGUCUCUCUCCCCAUUCAGGCUCAACUCCCUCUGGUUCGGACCGUAAUCUCUCCCGAUUGCCUCGUCGCACUUCUGAGGGAUCAGACCGCAACCUAUCUCGCUUCCCUCGUCGCACGCCAGAAUCGGAUGACAAGUUUCGCCGUGUCUAUGAGAAGAACAUGUAUUCUCGGACGAAGGUCGGGCAUUCGAGAGUGUAUGUCAACCGAGAGGUGAAGGAUAAGAUGUACGGUAGAACGACCAAGGCAAGGGAGGUCGAGUCGGAUACCCAGGAACGGAGAUCGCGGAAGUGGGAAGAGGGAGGCUCAAGGGAACGAGCAAGGGGCAGGGAGAUCGAUUCGGGCAACCUGGAGCGGAGAUCCGGAAGGAGAGACGUGGGAGCUUCUAGGGAACGAGGUGAUCAUUCGAGGGGCAGGGAGGCUACGAUGGAUACCCAGGAGCGAAGACUAGGGAGCAAGGAAGAAUACAGAGAGCGACGGGAGAGGCGAAGGAACAGAGAAGAUGAGGACGCUGCUCUGCCUACCGCCGGACCAGCAGAUACCAAAGUGCGACCUUUUACAGCCUAUUCACCGCCUCUAUCUCCCGGACUCUUGCAAUCCGUCACUGAGCUACUCGGUACCAACCCGCCAUCCCCGAUCCAGACCUUGUCACUCAACUACUUCUUCCCUCAAAACCGCAAGUCGAACCCACGUACGAAAAAGAGUAGCGAGACCCUUCUCGGAGCGGAGACGGGUUCAGGGAAAACGCUUGCAUACCUGUUGCCCGUGUUGCAGAGCUUGAAGGAGACGGAACAGACCGAGGACAAGGGUGAUGGCAAACAAAGGUUCAACUCUCCCCGCGCACUCAUCCUUGCUCCAACACACGAGCUGUGCCGCCAGCUCGCGGCGAGCGUCAAACAGCUUACGCAUAUAGACAAGCUCCGCACGGUCUGUUUCUCCAACCCGAUCCCCAAGGGUCGCAAGCGGGCGACCGCUAACGAUGAGUCGUUGUACGACGAGGAUGUCACGCCCGAAGACUACGAGGCGCAGCAUGGAUUCCUCAGACCCGCAGACGUGGUCGUUGGUACACCGAGCAAGAUGUUGGAAAUGUUUAGGCUGAGUGAUUCUGUUGAGGAGAAGCUGGACGAACAGGGUGAAGUUGUCAUCAAAGCUGAUUAUGGAGAGAGUAAGGGGCUCGACAGGGUACAAUGGGUCGUCGUCGACGAGGCGGAUGUGUCAUUUGGAAAGAACUUCAGACCCGCAACGAGGGCCCUGUUACAUUUUGUCAGGGAGGCUAGGUUGAAAGCCCUCGGACGAAGCAAAGCACCUGAUAAAGAACCUGUCCCCCAAGACGAGAUCACUACACCAGAAGUGCAGGUCAUAGAGGCAGAGUCAGCAGAGAAGGAAUAUACGAAUGUCACGCCAACAGUGACAGAUGUUCCACCUCCUGUAUCAACCGAGGACACUUCAGCUGCUCCUGCAGAGAAGCCUACGACGACCACCAAGGUUGACCCUACCAAAGCAUUCACUGCCCCGCCCUUCAACCUCGUUCUCUCCACUGCAACGGUUUCCUCUUCGCUCGGGACGCAGCUGGCCGUCUACCACCCUCGAAUGAUCCAGCUGCUCUCUCCCAACCUGCACAAGCUGCCCGCGACGCUCAGAACAGAACAUGUCUCCUGGUCCGGCGGCAACCGCACCGCCGAUGUCGCGGCCAAGAUCUUCUCUAUCUGGACGCAGGAAGCGCGUGCCAUGCGGCUUGAGACGGGGAAACGGUACACCUCUAUGGACAGGAGCAAGAUCCUUAUUUUCUGCAACACAGCUUCCCAUGCUGAAAAGCUGGGGCGCGAGCUAGGGGAGAAGAGCAUCUCGACCUUUGUACUUACGAGCGAGAGCACGUUGCGCAGACACGGGAGCAACAAGCACCUUGAAGGCUUCUUGAAAGUCGCCGACAAGGCGGGGGAUCAGGGGAAGAUUGAAGCGCAAGCGAAGCAGACGUGGAAAGAACAGGACUUGGAGGACAAGCAGCCCGUCGUGCCCACCGCGGUGCUCAUCACCACGUCGCUCCUUUCCCGAGGGUUGGACUUUGCCCCUAGCGUGAAGAAUGUGCUUAUCAUGGACGAACCGCAGAACAUGGUCGACUUCGUGCACCGAGCUGGGCGGACAGGGCGUGCGGGUGCGGAGGGCAAAGUCAUUUUAUUCGGUAAGGGGGGCAAGAGGUCGGAGUCAUCAUAUCUUCAGGAGUUGAGGACCCGGGCCAAGACACUCAGGGCAUAGCAUAUCUCCCCAUUACGGUUUUCCACAUCUGCUCUUCGGGUUAGAAGC